AUGGCCCUCUACGCGUUCUUGAUUUCCAUCCGCCCGGACACCGGCAUAUGGCUUACCGAUGAGGCCGGCGAAACCACGAGCCACUUGAUGGGCAUCUGGUCACGCACGCUGCGCUUGAUCGCCUACGGAAUCAAGCCGGUGUACGUUUUCGAUGGUCGCCCGCCGGUGAUGAAGGGCACCGAGCUCAAGAAGCGGUCUGCCAAGAAGAAGGAGGCCGAGCAGGGCCUGGAGGAGGCCACCGAGCUCGGCGACACCGAGACCAUGCGCAAGCUGGAGAAGCGUACCGUGCACGUCACGCCCAAGCACAACGAAGAGUGCAAGAAGCUGCUCCGCCUCAUGGGCAUCCCCGUGGUCGAGGCGCCCACCGAAGCCGAGGCCCAGUGCGCCGAGCUGUGCCGCGCGGGCAAAGUCUUUGCCACCGGGUCCGAGGACAUGGACUCGCUCACCUUUGCCACGCCCAUUCUCCUCCGCCACCUCAACUACGCCGAGGCCCAGAAGAAGCCCAUCAUCGAGAUCGAUCUCGAGAAGGUGCUCAAGGGGUUUGGCAUGACGAUGGAGCAGUUCAUCGAUUUGUGUAUCCUGGCCGGCUGCGACUACUGUGACACAAUCCGAGGUAUUGGCCCGAAGCGAGCGCUGGAGAUGAUCCGGAAGUACGGCUCCAUCGAGGGCACUCUCAAGAACCUCGACAAGGCCAAGUAUCCGCUCCCCGAGCCAUUCCCCUACGAGGCCGUCCGCGAGCUCUUCAAGCACCCCGACGUCACGCCUGGGGACCAGGUGGAGCUCAAGUGGGGCGAGCCGGACGAGGAGGGCCUGCUGCAGUAUCUGGUCAAGGAGAAGCAGUUCAACGAGGAGCGCGUGCGCAAGGGCAUUGAGAAGCUGAAGAAGGCGCGCGGCUCCGCCGUGCAGGGCCGGCUCGACGGCUUCGUCGCCAACAUGGGCAAGGCCACCUCGUCGCCGCAGAAGAAGAAGGAGGACCCCAAGGGCAAGGGCGUCGCCGGCCGUGGCCGGGGUCGAGGCAAGCCCGCCGCCGCGGCCCGCGGCAAACCUGCGGCCAGGGGCAGAGGCGCAUCGUCAUCGUCUUCUUCGAGAUCCACGUCGACAUCAACAUCGAAGUCAACUUCGGCUUCUUCGGCCAAGAGGAUCAAGACCGAGGAGAAGGCGGAGGAGAAGGGGAAGAUGAAGCAGGAGGAGACCGAGGAGGAAGCGCGGUACGAGGACGCCGGCGAGAAGGAGGCUGCCGCAGGCACCGAAGAAGGAGCCGACGAUACCGACGCCAAGGUGGAGCUCGGCAAGAGGAAGAGAUGA